CGCGUUCUUAAUCUAAUAUAUAUUAUAAAGGAAUUUUUGUAAAAUAUAUAAAUUUCUUGGUGAUUGUGUUUUAUAAAAAAAAUAAUAAAAGCUCAUCCGAAAAAUGGAGUCUGUGGAAAAUAGUGAAGUAAAAAAGUCAAGGCGUUCAAAAAAAGUAAAAAAUUUGGAAGAAGAGGUGGAACUAAUUUUCUCUCAAGAUGAAGGAGAUGAGAUUACUAACGAGAAUAUGGAGGAGAUAUUGUUAAAAACACCUUCCCGACGUGAUAAAGCUAAAUGUCCAGACACUCCAACAGCCUCGCAAACUGUACUUCAAGAAAUGCUUCAAACUCCUCGCAGAAGUUGCCGCAAGAGCAUUAGACCUACACAGGAAUAUGAUGACAUUAUAAAUAAAUCAUGUACACGUUCAACAAAAAAACAUUUGCUAAUCACAGAAGAGACAAUAGAGGAAGAUGUAAAAAACCAGGACUGUGAAAUUAUACAGUCUAAAUGGACCCCCGCUAAGGUGGGCAGAGUGUCUCAAAAGCGUAGUCGUAAAUCCCGUCGUACUGACAAGAGUAAAAAGAAGGAAGAUAAACAAACUAAGGAGCUAGAAGAAGAAACAAUAAUAGUUGAUGAGCCUGAGGAAGUUAAAGUUUUUGAACCUAUUUUAGUAGAGGUCACACAUGAAAAUCUAGAUCAAGUGGAUCCAAAUGAGCUUGCAGAGGACGAAAUUGAACAUAAAGACAAAUUUGAGGAAAUUGAAAACAUUACAAAACAGAUAAAAAUAAAAAUUGAUUCUAAUGCUUCCGAAAAUGGUAAUUUAGAUAAACAACAAUUUGAUAAUAAAAUAGUAAAAGAAGUUCCCACCCUUACAGUGGAGGUCGUAAAUAAAAAUCAUAAUCAAACAAAUGAAAACAAAGAGUUUCUGGAGAAUAGAACUGAACAUAUCGAAAAAGUUGAUGAAAUUGAAGAAAAUAAUGAACAGAUUAAAGAUUCAACCGAAAUUAAUAUUUCCAAAUCUGAUAAUCGAGAUCAGCAAGUAUUAGAUAAUGAAAUCGAUGAUAAUGAUGCAUUCGGAAAUCAUGAUGAGUCAAUACAGUUAGUGCAAGAGGACAGUGAAGACUGUAAAGAGUUUGAACAAAAAUCAGAACAGGAAGAAAUUUGCAUCGUAUAUGAAAGCAAUAUAAGCAACAACGAACUUAAUGUUGAAAGCGAAGAUCAUGUUUUAUCGCUAAACUCUCAAAAGACCACAAAAAAAGAAUUGGGAGACUCUUUUGGCUGCUAUUUAAAAUCAAAACAGAUGAACAUCUCUGAUUUAGGAUUGAAUCUCCUAAAAUUUGAGGGAGAGGAAAAAGAUGUGUUGGAAGUUGAUAAUCAAAUAAUGCCAUGUGAUGAUGUUGAAGAAAUGCCUUCUCUUAUAGUUUGUGAUGAAGAUGAUCAGGAAGAUGAGGGUAAGAAAAGCAAUAAAUUAAAUGAAACGUUUGAAGCUGAUGAUUUCGCAAAAACUGUUGAGGGUGUUACUCAAAAUUCAGAUAAACCAUCUGAAGAAAUUAUGGAAACAUUACAAAUGUCAGAUGAUGAUGUCGAAACACCUAGAAAACGUCCUCGAGUUGCUUUAUCAGACACAUCUGAUCGUAAUCAAAACAUUUUGUCCACCCUUAAGGUAUCAGCCGUAAAAGUAAAUCCGAAAGAAAUUGUUUUACGUGGAAUACGUAAACGCUCCUUAUCGGUUUGUAUCAAUGGUAAUGAACAAAAGGGUCAGAAAAUGUUAGCUGGUCCUCUAGCCAAAGCUAAACAAGAUCGCAUGGUUAGUUUUUAUAGUCCGGCCAAUCAACAAACUAUUAUCGAUGAUUUGGACAUGAUGAUAGCAAAAAGUUUGAAGAAACAAAGGCUACAAGAAAAUCAAAAUACUUUAUGUAAAUUUGUCACGACACGACGUAAACGUUCGAUAUCAUUGGAUGAAUCCAUAAUGUCUACUUCACAAAUUUCGAAAUUACCUCGACCCGUUCUUGGCCAAAGUGUAUCCAUAAAAAGUAAACCCCAAACUUCGACUUCUUCAUCCAAACCAUUAUCUCGCACAAAAUUACCAAAUUUCGCUGCCAUACAUCAGAAACAAUUUAAAAAGAUGGAAAAUUUGGUUGAACAUGUCAGCCGUAAAGAAGAACGCUCAAAGAAAUUAAUUAAUUCAGCAACAAAAUUAAAGCCAGUUUCAGCUCAAAAAAAUGUUUCUAUAAUGAAAAAUAGCAACAAUAUCACAAAUGAAAAACCAAAGGCUCUCAAGAAAAUCGAUUUAGGGGCCACUUCACAAAUGAAUAAAUCUCUAUUGAAUACCACAUCAACGGCAGCUCUAAAUAGAACACAAGAUGGGUUGUCUGUAUCGAAAGUACUAAAUUUGCCUGACCCAAGAUUAGCUAAAAUUACUAAACCUAUAAAAUCUGGCUCAAUUUCCCACCGACCACCACAACAAACGCCAAUUAGAAAUUAUUUAAAAACUUCACAAACAACAAAUAUUGCAAAACCAAAGGUGAACGCUAAAGCAGGACCGUCGAAGCCAACAUUUAAUCUCUCAACUUCGCUAUUGGUGAAGCCAACAACAUCUUCAACGAGCUUUGUGGAUCGGUCCAAUACAUCUCACAUGAGCAGUGAGGAUAAGAUGGCUUCACGUUUACAACGUCAUAUGGAUUUGUUUAAAGGUCGUGUUCCGUCAACGAGAGCUGGCGUAGCGUCGCGUAAGAAUGAAGUCAUACUAAAAGGGGUGAGAUCAAAUCGACGUUUUGAAUUACAAAUGCAACACCGCAAAAAUUUGGAACAAUAAAUCUAUUUUAGUCUCUGCUGAUAUAUUUUAUUUACUACUAUAAUUUAUAUUUUAAGUUAUUUUUUUGUUGGCUUUUAAUGGUUCAGUUUAUUUUAAUUUUAUUUGCAUAGAUCUAGAUCGCUUAGAUUUGGUCAGUUCACAACAGAUGUGUGUCGGUUUAAUUAUACUAUACAACACAGUUAGUGGGCCCAAAUUGUAUUCGUUUAUUUCGAAAUUUGUAUUACUUGAAUUUUUUAUACAUUAGGACAGAUCGUUUAGUGUAAUAUAUGUGUUUUAAAAUUCGUGAAUGUAAUUAUAUUAUUUUUAUAUGUUUAUUUAAUAAAACCCCUCCAUUUAAAAAUGUAAA